GCGAAAGACAACUUUGGUUCGUUCGUCCGUACGAAAAUGGAGCUCUCCACUGUCACUACCAUCACUCACCUCCCUUCCACCACCAGCCGCCACGUGUAUCUGGCGGAUAACACUGUGCCUGUGCGUAGAAUCUCACUCCCUCUCCAGUCCAACGUUGCAUCUCUCCGUCUUCAAUCCCGCACGUUGCGAUGUACGAGAAAGUUUCCAGGAGAAACAGUGUCUGAAGACACGUCAUCAGGAGUCAAUGAGUUUGGUCUUAAGAAGCCUGAAGUAGUUGCAAGCAAAGAGGAUAACUUUACUAGUGAUGUAGUUUCAGACAAAGUGGACAACUUCACUAGUGAAGCUCAAGCUGAAGAAGAGCAAGCUCAAGCCUCCUUAGAGUUCUUUAACGAUAUUAAGCUAGAUUCAGACAACACGUAUUCGAUCUUGCUCUAUGGGUUUGGUGCGAUACUUUCUAUCUACUUGACUUCUGCAGUUGUUGGUUCACUCGAAUCAGUUCCUCUGUUGCCUAAGCUGAUGGAAGUGGUUGGUCUCGGAUACACACUCUGGUUCACUACACGUUACUUGCUAUUCAAGAGUAACAGAGAAGAACUCAAGACGAAGAUUAGUGAAAUCAAGAAGGAGGUUCUUGGCUCUGAUAGUGAUUGAGUAGCUCGUUUUUUUGUUUUGUUUUGUCUUUGCUUGUGUAGAAUGAGAAAAAAAAAGGAAACAUGUUUCCCUUCCCACUGAACUGUGUUUAGGAAUAAAAAUAGUUUGCGUUGGCUUUUUUGGUCACAGUGUUGAAGAACAUCUUUUGAUACAUAUAGAAGAGUUUUUUAAAAAAGGUAUAAGUCUCUUAAAUUCCGAGUGAUGCUUGCGCAAAGCUCGAAUUGAUUUUUUUUUCAAAGUUUG